GCGCAAGCGGGUGGCUGCAGGAUCCCGUGCGGAGCCGUGGUGCGACCGGAGCCGGCCGAGCUGGAGGGCGCAGGGGAGCGGAGCGCGGGCGGGCCCCGAGGCUCGGGGGAGCGGGCGUCUGCAGGGCCUGCGGCGUCCGCGGCGGCGCUGGGGGAACGGGCCGGGGAUGGGGCGCAGAGCCGCACGGGGGCCGGGGCCUCGGCCAUGUUCGCGGGGCUGCAGGACCUGGGCGUGGCCAACGGCGAGGACUUGAAGGAGACGCUGACCAACUGCACCGAGCCGCUCAAGGCCAUUGAGCAGUUCCAGACCGAGAAUGGCGUGCUCCUGCCGUCUUUGCAGUCUGCCCUGCCCUUCCUGGACCUGCAUGGGACGCCUCGGCUGGAGUUCCACCAGUCGGUGUUCGACGAGCUGCGGGACAAGCUGCUGGAGAGAGUGUCCGCCAUCGCCUCAGAGGGGAAGGCUGAGGAAAGGUACAAGAAGCUGGAAGACCUGCUGGAGAAGAGCUUCUCUCUGGUGAAAAUGCCAUCCCUGCAGCCUGUGGUGAUGUGUGUCAUGAAACACUUGCCCAAGGUUCCUGAGAAGAAGCUGAAGCUAGUGAUGGCCGACAAAGAGCUGUACCGAGCCUGCGCUGUGGAGGUGAAGCGGCAGAUCUGGCAGGACAACCAGGCACUCUUUGGGGACGAGGUCUCCCCGCUGCUGAAGCAGUACAUCCUGGAGAAGGAGGCUGCGCUCUUCAGCACCGAGCUGUCCGUCCUGCACAACUUCUUCAGCCCCUCACCGAAGACGAGACGCCAGGGUCAGGUGGUGCAGAAGCUGACGCAGAUGGUGGGGAAGAACGUGAAGCUGUAUGACAUGGUGCUGCAGUUCCUGCGCACACUCUUCCUGCGCACACGCAACGUGCACUACUGCACGCUGAGGGCCGAGCUGCUCAUGUCCCUGCACGACCUAGACAUCAGCGACAUCUGCACUGUGGACCCCUGCCACAAGUUCACCUGGUGCCUGGACGCCUGCAUCCGGGAGCGGUUUGUGGACAGCAAGCGGGCACGGGAGCUGCAGGGCUUCCUUGACGGCGUGAAGAAGGGGCAAGAGCAAGUGCUGGGGGACUUGUCCAUGAUCCUGUGCGACCCCUUCGCCAUCAACACGCUUUCACUGAGCACCAUCAGGCACCUGCAGGAGCUGGUGGGCCAGGAGACGCUGCCCAGGGACAGCCCUGACCUGCUCCUGCUGCUCAGGCUGCUGUCCCUGGGGCAGGGCGCCUGGGACAUGAUCGACAGCCAGGUCUUCAAGGAGCCCAAGAUGGAGGUGGAGCUCAUCACCAGGUUCCUGCCGACGCUCAUGUCCUUCGUGGUGGAUGACCACACCUUCAACGUGGACCAGAAGCUUCCUACUGAAGAGAAGACCCCUGUCGCCUACCCAGACACGCUGCCAGAAAGCUUUACCAAGUUUCUACAGGAGCAGCGCAUGGCCUGCGAGGUGGGGCUCUACUACGUGCUGCACAUCGCCAAGCAGAGGAACAAGAGCGCACUGCUGCGCCUGCUGCCCGGCCUGGUGGAGACCUUCGGGGACCUGGCAUUCGGGGACAUCUUCCUGCACCUGCUCACCGGGAACUUGGCGCUGCUGGCGGACGAGUUCGCACUGGAGGACUUCUGCACCAGCCUGUUCGACGGCUUCCUUCUCACAGCGUCAUCAAGGAAGGAGAAUGUGCACCGACACGUGCUGCGGCUCCUGAUCCACCUGCACCACCGGGUGAGCCCGGCCAGGCUGCAGGCGCUGCAGCGCGCCCUGGAGCCCACAGGCCAGAGCGGGGAGGCUGUAAAGGAGCUGUACACGCAACUCGGCCAGAAGCUGGAACAGCUGGACCACCGGAAGCCCAGCCCAGCCCCGGCGGCCGACACGCCCGCCCUGGAGCUGCCCCUGCCCCCUGUGCCCGCCCCGGCUGUGCAGUGAGGCCCACCAGACACGCCCUUCAGCCCUUGAAGGCACCGUUGCUGCACCCAGCACUGGGGUGGACGUGGCCUCCGCGGGACAAGAAGCUCAGCUGGCGGCUGAGGGUCUCCUGUCCACCAUCCACACAAGGCUCACCCCUCCGUGCCGGGCUGCUGGGUUCUGGGGGUUUGGGCUGCGUCCGCGGGACACUCCUGCCCUUGCAGCUGUGAGCAGCUCCGUGUCGGCUUCCCAGCCGCCCUGGGGCUUCUUACAGCCGUGAAAAGUGUGCUGUUGGCCUGCCUUGUGGGUUUUUAUUGCCGCAGCAAAGACAGACCUCGGGUUAGACACCUGUUUUCCAUAUGGGGGGGACAUUAGGGACCUGCUGACCCAUCUCAGUGUUUGUGGAACCCCCUGGGUGGGUAAGGGGAGGGGGUGGGGCCUGGUUACGUUUUGGUAUCUGCGGAGUUGGUCUUGGGGCUGCUCUGUGCCACUUGUCACCACCUGGAAUCUCUGGAAAUAGGGCUGACCCCGCCACGAUGCCGUGGCAGAGGCUGCGUCAGGCCCUGAGACCCAGUCCGUGUGCUCAGGGUCCCUCACCAGCAGCCCCAGGAGAGCCAGGUCCCCACACCUGGCCCCCAGUUUGUGGGGUGGGGUCAUGGUCCUGCUGUGCAUCCGGCCACACCAUGUACUGUACGGGUGAGAAGAGACUCACUGUCAAUAAACAGCGUUUU